CAAACAGUAUCAUUCGGUGGAAAACCCUAGUGAAGUGAACAAGCAGGCAAGCAAGCAAGCAAGUGGACAGCAAUCAGCUGCUUUACUGGGAGGUGUGUAUAAUUUCACAACAUCGCCCAACAGUUUAAGGGGCUAAUAAAAUACCGAACAGAAGUUAUCAGUUUUAUCAAAGUGUAAAUUGAAGCAAACCCACGGUCGAUAGUUGGGUGUGAACACAGGUGUCCGUUUAUAGUUUUAAUCUGGAUCAGUGCAAUUGCAAUUAUAACAAAUUAAAAAUGGUGGUAUCUACUAAACCCGCUUUGAUGAUGUCCAAGGUUGGAUUCAAAACCGUGGGAAUCGGUGCCAAUGUAAGAUCGACACUGGUUACCGCUUCGGCCGAUAAAAGAGUCGUAGUCGGAAUGGCCAACUCUAUCCGUAGCCUUACGGAGGAACCCAACCGAUUCGUUUUCUGUUUUAUGGUUGCGCCCGAAGUGAACGACAGUGGAGCUCACAUGCAGGAAGUUCUGCUGGAAGCAUUCUGCUUCGAGAACGACAUUUACAUAAUAAAGGUUGACAGUGCGGAAAAAUUAAGCCGACUGCUUGGGUCAUCCUGUCUGGAAUCGUGCGCCUUGGUCAGGAAAUCCCACUCCGAAGGCGAAGAUUGCUACUCCCGCAGUGAAAACAUUCUCAUCGAUUACUGUGAAUUCUACUGGGACGAACCAGUGAAACCGGUAAUCAAAUUGCCGGAAAAGUGAACACAUCUCGGACACAGCAUUCGUUUGAACAAUGAUACGGUUCUAUGAUUGAGCGCAGACAUCCAAUGAGAUAUCGUUUCUCAUGCAAGUUCACCAAACAAUGGACACAUUAGCUUGUAACGAGCCGAUCGCGUGGUGGACUACAGUAACGGGGAUGAAUCGGCAAAAUAGUGUAAUUUAGGAAUACUGUGCUACGGAUUUUCAGUACAUGGCAGUGUUCGGCCGUGAAGAAUCGAUCAACACUGGAAGAACUAAGUUAACCCUCGCAUGCUUGUACUCCUAGUGAAAUAAUGGUUCAUAAGGUUUUGAAACUGCUAUUUCGUCCUCUAGUUACAUUUCAUACGGUUUUACGUAUUCGAUUAUAAUUAUUUAAUGUUGAGUUGAUCAUAUGGUGAAAAACCUACAUAAAGUAACAUAAUUAUAUUUACUUGCUACGUACCGCAACUACAAUGGUGUAAUAAUGGGUUUUCCCGCGGUUAAUGAA